CCUUGGGGAGCAGUUGCGGCUGUGAUGGUGUUGUCUUCGUCUGAUUUCGAAUUUCCGUAUAAGUCGAUCCCUCUCUAAACAUCGUUAUCCGCCAUUGUGGCUAGCAAAUAUCGAGUCGAAUGGACGAAAUCGUAGUCGCGCCUAUUUUAUUGUGAUUGUGUGUGCGGUAUAAUUAUUGUGAAUGUAGUCGAAAUUCGGGUAGUUCGUAAGGAAAGCUGUAUUUUUCCAUAUGAAGCCACAUCCAGGAUCAUAGGGAUCGAGCACUAUUAAGGAAAAUAUACAAAUGUCAUUGAAUCUAACCUAGAAUGUAUGGCUUGGGACAUCCAAAGUUUUUUCUCAUUAUCGUGUUAUUCAGUACGUUUCGGUCCUUUUAUUCAGUGUUUUUUCGGUGCCAAUGCAAUUUAGAACACUGCUGAUCAAACAGUCCACCGGCACAAUAUUUGGUUCCCACAUUUUCCCGUUUUAAAACAGUCAAUAAAGACAGUGUAAUGAUUUUUGAGGACUUGUUUUAAAUCGUAAAUAUUUCCUAUUGUUUCAAAGAACACUGUUUUCGCCUUUGAGUACAUGAAGUUAACUGCUCGAUAAGUACCAUCAUGCUCACCUUCAAUGAGUGCACAAGUUCAACAUAACUGAGCUUAGUUUACAUAUUCUUACAUACCAUUGGACCUUCAGAAGGGGAACGUACCUUCCGUACCAUUAUGGUUUCUUAGUGCAACUAACUAAUUACGAGCUGUAUAAUGAGCAAACGUAGAAGAACCAGCUCUAUAGCUGGACGUCAUGAUGAUGAUGAUAGUGAGGCCUCCACCAGUAGUGGCCCUACAAUGAGGAAACGAAGAAAGAUUUUCGAUCCUAUUGAGGCUUGUCACCAAUUGUACGAGACGAUAAGAGGUCACAAAAAAAACGACGGCAGCCUUUUAUGUGACUCUUUCAUCAGAGUGCCAAAAAGACGCCAAGAACCAGGGUAUUAUGACGUUGUAAGUAACCCCAUAGACUUGCUGAAAGUCCAACAGAAACUCAAAACUGAUGAAUAUAACGAUAUUCAUGACUUAGAAGGUGAUAUAGAAUUAAUUGUAAAUAAUACAAAGGCAUUUUAUAAGAAGAGUACACAAGAGUGGAAGGAUGCCGAUGAAUUGUGGAACCUGUUUCUAACUACGAAAAUUAAAUUGUUAAAUCCGGACGAUGAUAGUAAAGCAGAGUCGAAAUCUGAAAUUAAAAAUCCAAAUCAUACACCAAAGCCAGUCCGGAUGCCAGUUCGACGAGGAAAUAGUUCAGUUAAAAACAACUCGAAUCACAAUAAUAGUCUUAAUAAUUCAAAUUCGCUCACUUCGGUGAAUAGUAAAGAUGAUCCUCAACAGUAUGAAGAACUGUUCAAUGUGGUGAUGACCGCCACAGACGAUAAUAAAAAACUGCUUAAUACUCACUUCCAGUUAUUGCCCUCAAAGUCGAAGUAUCCGGAAUAUUAUGAAGUCAUAGAACAGCCGAUAGACCUUAAGAGGAUAGCCAUUAAAAUUCAAAACAACCAAUACCCAAAUCUACUGACGCUAGAAAAGGAUCUAGUUGUAAUGUGCAAGAAUGCCUGUCUAUUCAAUGAACCGAAUUCGCAAAUAUACAACCACGCCAAACAACUAAAAAAGAUCAUCAACCAAAAGCGGAUAGAAAUAAUGGAACAGUGGUCAAAACCUUCGUCUCCCAGUAAUACGAGUAAGUCGGGCGAGAGGCUGAAGCCGAGAAAGUCUCGCAACUACAUUGCGGCUCUGGCUCAGAAGAAUCAGGAGGAAUCCGAUCCGGAUUCUGAAGUUGAUUCCGAACCUGAGCCAGUUCAGUCUUCGCGACGAGAUGUGGAAAGUCCCAAACUGGUUGAGCUUCAUCAUGAUGAUUUUGUCUGCAUGGAGCCAGACAAUCCGCAAUGGAAGCUACUGGAAACAGUCUGGCGAUUAGAAGGAUCCAAUGGCCAACCUUUAUCAGAGCCUUUUUGGAAACUGCCAUCGCGACGGAUAUAUCCAGAUUAUUACAAAGAGAUUAAGAACCCUUUGUCGCUUACUCAAAUUAGGGCCAAGUUAACGAAAAAAGGUUACGGUACUGUGAGCGAAGUAGCUGGCGACAUGACAAUUAUGUUCGAGAAUGCCAAGAAGUAUAACAUACCCAAUUCCAAACUGUAUAAGGACGCCGUGCGAUUACAAAGAGUAAUGCAAGCGAAAGUGCAAGAACUACUUGAUAUCGAUCAGGUAACCCAUAAGAAAACUAACAAAGCAAUUCGCAAGCACAUGGAUGAAGAUAGUUCAGCGAGAAAAAAGUCCGGACAAAAACCGAAGAACCUCAGCCCAAUGGGCACGCCGAUGCGAGGGAGGCCCCCAAAGGAUUUUGUUCCUAUGAAGAAACGAUUAUUCACUUUGGCCAAAUAUAUGCUGGACUUUACGUGUGAAGAUGGAAGACAGCCAAUGCUCGGAUUCAUGGAAAAACCGUCGAAAAAGCUCUAUCCAGAAUACUAUGAAGUCAUCGACGAGCCUAUUGAUUUUUUGGAAAUCGAAUCAAAAAUCAAAGCUGAGCAGUACAGUUGCGAGAAAGAUCUAGUGAAGGAUUUCCAGUUGAUGUUUGCCAAUUGCAGGCAAUUUAACGAGGAAAAUUCCCCUAUAUAUGAGGAUGCAAAUCUGAUGGAGAAACAUUUAAUGAUUAAAGUGGAACCGAUGUUCAAUACGGUGGAAAAGCAACAGGAAGUGAAAAAUGAGCGUGCAUCAGCCCGAGUGUAUAAACCCAGGAAGAUUUUGACGCCAUUGGAGAAGGCAGUGAAACAUAUGUUCGAAGCUGUGCGAGAUUAUAGAGAUCCAAAGGGCGAACGACUUUUGUGCCAGAUUUUCAUGAAACUGCCGUCCAGAAUAGAAUAUCCCGAUUAUUACGAGGUGAUAAAACACCCAAUAGACAUGGAACGGAUAGCGCACAAGAUGAAGAACAAUUUUUAUGAGAGCGUCGAGGAUUUGGCCGCUGAUCUAAGCUUGAUGUUGGAUAACGCGUGCAAAUUCAAUGAGCCGGACUCUCAAAUCUAUAAAGAUGCGCUCGUCUUGCAACGAGUUGUAUCGCAAAAGCGCCUCCAGCUGAAAGAAUUGGCCGAUGACGAAGCCCCAGAUGUGGCCGAAGCCGUUCAAGACAUUCUUCUUACGCUGUUUACCACUGUAUACAAUCACCAAGACGAUGAAGGGCGGUGUUACAGCGAUUCGAUGGCUGAGCUUCCUGAACACGAUGAAGUCGACGGCAAAAAGGUUCGAGCACUGUCCUUAGACCUGAUCAAGCGGAGAUUGGACAAAAACCUAUACAAACGUCUUGAUACUUUUCAAGUGGAUUUUUUUGCAUGCCUGGACAGAGCGCGUCGAUUGUCCAGAUCCGACUCCCAAGUGUUUGAGGAUUCCAUCGAGAUGCAGAUGUUCUUCAUUCACGUGAGGGACGAACUCUGCAAGCACGGAGAAGUCCUACAGUCGCCUGCUUUAAUCUAUACGUCUUUAGAUGCCAGACAUGCGAUUGAAAAGCUACGGCACCAAAAGUCUAUGCAAGAGUCAAUUGAAGAAGAUAGUGAGACUCGAAGUUCCGAUGAUUCAGUGCUGAAAGAUGGCAGCAACAGCAACGGCUCUACGGAAGACACGAUGACAUGCAAUCAGAAGACUUUCCAAGUUGGGGAGUAUGUUUACUUGGAUUCUAAAAAAGAGGGCUGUGAACCGCAUAUUAUCAAGAUAGAGAAGUUGUACGAGAAAAAUGGACAGCAAAUGCUCUACGGGAACCAUUAUCUGCGACCAGACGAAACAUAUCACGUUCAAACUAGAAGGUUUCUGGAAAAGGAGGUUUUUAAGUCUGAUAAAUACGUCAACGUAGCGCUGGAGGAGAUUAAGGAUCGCUGUUGCGUCCUGUCGGUUAAGCAAUAUUUUGCCAUGGUCCCAGAAGGCUACGACGAAGCUGAUGUCUACGUGUUGGAGUCCCGAUACAGUUCGCGGCAUCGAGCCAUAAAAAAAAUCAAAAUAUUCUCCGAAUUAGCUUCCAGUUACAAGCUGGUCGAGCGCGAGGUGCCGUUGGAACCCAAACGAGUCAUGUCGGUGUUCAAGGAGAGACUGGAGAAGCACAAGGACGAACUGGCGGAGCUUCAAGAGUUGGAGAGGAUGAUCGAUGACGAUCGACCAAACGUUGUGGCCUAUGUUGCCACGGACCUUGACGAUGGAAACACCUACUAUGAACAAUACAAUACAAUCUGUUCAGGUGUGAUCAAGACCGGGGAUUUUGUGUAUGUGGUUGUUGACGGUGGCAAACAAGUUGUGGCUCAAAUCGACUCCAUUUGGGAUACAUCAGACGGCAAGUGUUACUUUCGCGGUCCCUGGUUCAUCUGCCCAUCCGAGGUACCAAAUCUCACCAAUAAGCUCUACUACAAGAACGAGCUGUUGCAGUCUACCGAGGAGGAUAUCAAUCCCAUUGUCAGUAUUAUAGGGAAGUGUGCGGUUUUAGAUUACAACGACUAUGUAUCAUUGAGGCCCUCGGAAAUUCCCGAACAGGAUGUGUUCAUUUGCACGUCGCUGUACGACGAGGUGAACCGGCAAAUCCGCAAACUACCACCCGAAGGCCUGAAAAAGUACUACCAUUUGACUGAGGUCGUCGACGACGAGAUUUACUACUUCACCAAGCUGUUAAAUCCCUCAAAGGUAAACGUUAGGGACGCCUUGAAUUCCAAAUUGAGACAGAAGCUUCUGGACUCGCGGACCGCAGAGGCCUCGCCUACACUUACAAAGUUGGCGGACAUCGAUAUCGUGAUGGAGGAUUCGUUGGAUGGCGGGCCGCCCUCAGUGGGGUCGGGAGAGAUACCGGCCGCGGUUAACAGUAUCCUCAUGACCCCUGUUACUAACAUUAGUAGUCCAGCGCCAACCGCCCAAGCGACUACUUCCACCAAAAAGAAGCCGACUAAGAACAAGGUCAUCACUGGUUAUAUUCUGUAUUCGCGCGAGGUGCGCAAGCAAGUUGUUCAGAACAAUCCCGAAUCGAAAUUCGGAGACAUUUCCCGCAUAGUUGGCUCGGAAUGGAAGGCUCUGGCUACUACGGAAAAGCAAGUGUGGGAAGAGCGCGCCUCCAAGUUGAACGAAGAAUCCAAAGCGCAAGUGCUUGCUGAACAAGAAGAGCACAUGGUUUUCGAAUGCAAAUGGGAGGAGUGCGACUACCAGUUUGAAGAACUGAGCGACUGCGUAGAGCACUCGGUCAAAGACUCCAAAGACUCGCAGGGACAUGUCCAAAAGUACUACCAGGACCAUCCUGGAGAAGAGCUUCAGUGUAAGUGGCGCAACUGUUCGCGUUUGACCAAGAAAAAUCUGCAGCCGUUCCCGAACAUCACGCGGCUCAUUCGGCACGUUCGGGACAUGCACAUCAAUAAGGGCAAUGGACGAAGUAUCCCACCGGACAGUAGGAGCAAGAAUUUCAAGCCUUCUAGUAAAGUGGCGGCUCUUAGCCGCUUGUCUACCACUUCAUCCGUCACGCCUAGUGUUGCAGCAGCUGUAUCUGCUGCUAGUGCUAGUACAUUCAUAACCACCCCAGUGAAUUAUACAUCUGUAAUUGUGGCAGCCCCUGCGUCAAGCUCUACAGUUGCUGCGGCCGCUGCGCAAAAGACUGCCGAUCCCAUGUUCAUUUCGGUCCCUCCCCGACCGCAAAGAGUUCUACAUUCUGAAGCCUACAUUAAAUACAUCGAGGGUUUGAGUGCGGACCAAAAGCACAUAACGAAUUGGGAGCGCACUUUGCACGCAACACCCGAAACAUGUGCGCCCCCUGAUCCGGAAAAACUGGCCCAUGUUACCACUUGGUUGGGGAAACGGGCUGAUCAACACGAUAACGUGGUGGCGGCUCUUUGGCAACUCAGAAACCAGCUGCUGAAAGACACUUUGGGCCUACACAAGACUUUGUAAACUGGCUCAAGUUUUAUUGUGUCAUUUCAUCAGAAUAACUUGAAUGAGUUUUUACGCUGUAUAAACACGGUUAAUUUAAGGGAUUCAAUUCAACUAGUUUACUACUAAUACACGUGGAACGUUCCGUUUGAAUUAGAGUGCGGUUCUGUACAUACUAUAUAAAAGAUUCUAGCAUAAUAUUAGGUUAAUAAAUACUGAAACAUGCGUUUAAAGAUGUAUAUUUGGAAUGACUUUCAAUUUAUUCUUGCUUCUGUAUGUUAAACGGAAGUUUUUCAAAAUAUAUUGGCAUACUGUUUUUUUACAUUUUGCUGGUUUACUCUGAGUUUCAAUGCACCAGAAUUCCGUUUGAAACUGAAUACAGACCUGUUUUUAAUUUUCCUUCCUUUCUAAUUAUGUAUUUUUCUCACAUAUUGUUUAAAUGCCCAUGCGAUACAGUUGGUGUAUUGUAUUAUUUUCUAAUUUUUUAUAAAAUAUUUCGUAGUGAAUAUACAUGACUGAUGAUUUAGUA